AUGACAGACAGCAUCAGUGUGGCGUGCCGUCUGCGCCCCUUCAACGCCAUCGAGGAGAGCCAUGGCAGCUCUGUUUGCGUCGAGGCAGUCGCACAAUCAAUCGCCAUCCACCUCGGUUCGGGUAAACCUGAGCGCCACGAGUUCACUUUCGACUUCGUCUUCCCGCCGCAGGCAGGACAGCACCAUAUUUUCUAGACUUUGGGAGAGCCAAUGAUCGAUUGUAUUUUCAAGGGCCUGAAUGCGACAAUCAUGGCCUAUGGACAGACGGGAGGAGGAAAGACUUGGACCAUGUAAGGAUCCAGAUCUGACUAUUAGUUACGGGGCCUCAUUCCGCGAACGAUGGAGGCUCUCUUCAAUCGCAUCAGGCGGGAAGAAGGCUACGAAUUCACGGUUAAGUGCGCGUACAUAGAAAUUUACAAUGAGAGGCUUAUGGAUCUGCUCGACACUACAAAGACCAAGCUCGAAGCGAAGGAAGACCGGGUGAGAGGCGUCUUUAUCCAGGGCCUGACCGAAGUCUACGUGGCCUCGCUGGAAGAAACUGCCCGGCUGAUGCAGUUGGGCACCAAGAACCGCAAGAUGUCCGCCACCGGCAUGAACGCUCAAUCCUCCCGUUCUCACUCGCUGUUCUUCAUGUUCGUCUAAUCUCGCAAUAUCAAGGAGGGCAUGCUGAAGAUUUCAAAGCUUUGCUUCGUUGAUUUGGCUGGCUCUGAGAAGAUCAGCAAGACUGGCGCCUCGGGGCAGCAGCUAGACGAGGCCAAGAACAUCAACCGCUCUCUCAGCUCCCUGGGCAUGGUCAUAAACGCCCUCACCGCCGAAAAGGCCGAGCACGUGCCCUACCGCGACUCUAAACUCACUCGUGUGCUGCAGGACUCGCUGGGCGGCAACUCAAAGACCACCCUGAUAAUAAACUGCUCGACCAGCAGCUACAACGACCAGGAGACUCUCAGCACUCUACGAUUCGGGAUACGGGCCAAGAGGAUAAAGAACAAGCCAGUGGUGAAUCAGCAGUUCUCGCUCAAGGAACUCGAACGGAUGCUGGAAGAGGCCCGCCGCGAGGUGGAGGCCAAGAACUCCCUGAUCGAGCUGCUCAAGAAGGACUCGCCCGAAAGGAGUCAGCUCGAGAACGAGUAG